UGCUUUCAUGUCAUACAUACUGACAUCGUGGCGGUCUGGAACUUUUAUGAUCCUUGCCAAGUGAGCAUUGUCGCCCUAGUGGCGAGCCUUACUAUAAUGUAGUGACAUCUCCCUUGUAGUACUUGAAUAGUGAGGAAUUCCUAAGGGUGAUGAUGUGCAUGGUUGAGAGAGUUGAUGCACCGGCCGAGCCAAAUUCCCUCUCUCGCACUGACACAUUUACCGGGCAAGUGCUGUUGUUGGAACUCGUUGUGUGUCAAACUCAAAAAGAAUCGCUGCGUGCCAAGGGGGGUCCCUCUCAUCACUCUAGCUCCUGUGAUGCUGCCAUCAAUCUUCAGCCUUGGCAAGUGGGCUCUUGCAACAUCCCAGCGACUGUACGUAGCACUUUGGUGUUGCUUUCAGCAUCAGAUGAUUCCCGACCUUUCAGACAAGGCGUUCCCACGAAGUUCAUGGCUUACAUCGUUGAUUUGACACACGUACUGGAAAUACUGUUUUCACUCACAGCUGAGAUGAGGACAAAGAAGCUUACUCGCACGGCGAUUAAGAUGGCAUAUAAAGCCUACCUUGAAUCAGAAUGGAUGACGCACGUCCACAUGGACAUUAGGUUUUUCCAAUGUCCGACUAUGGCUCGUGAUGUUGUCUUCGACAAGACCACGUCCAUGACCAUGAUCCUUUCAGGCGACAGGGAGGUUCGGGUUUCUAGGGCGCUUGAAAGGAUACCUUCGGUUGACUUAGCGAGAGACGAGGAGUGGGCGAGCGAAGUCUCUUAAACCCCUCGAUUUCAUUUAAUGUCUUCUCCAAUACUUUAUUGUUUCGCGAGUUUUCACUGUUGUAUUGCAUUCACAAGUUGUUGACUGGAAUGGUUUUUUUUUGCUGGGCACCAGCCAAGUAAUAGACUUGGUAAAUAUUCGGUGGAAGAAUGAAGAUGGUGACAAUAAAGUACAAAUCCCACACACACGUACACCACACUCGCAGUAAACCUACUGAAUCACAUACACCAGCUUUGAUCAAAACCCGAUACAAACAGUUACGACCAAUCUUUAUCUCCUAGACACCACGGCAGAAGCGAUCAACACACCCGUCAAUGCCCCAAGUACGCCUACCACCAUCCACCUGGCAUACUCGUCAAACUUGAUAGCAACAGACGGCAUACCAGCAUGCGCGAGGUU